AUGAGCACCUUAGGGUCGCAGGCACGGGCGACCAGCGAGCCCUAUUUCGACUUGGGCACGUUGAGCCGCCAGGUCUCCACGGACUCCGACGAAGCGCAGGUGUGGUUCAAUCGCGCUCUGGUGUGGACGUAUUGCUUCAAUCACGACGAAGCCAUUGCGUGCUACAAGCAGGUCAUCGCGCACGAUGAGCGUUGCGCGAUGGCUUAUUGGGGGGUCUCGUUCUGCUCGGGCUCGAACUACAACAAGACCUGGGCCCUGUUCGACGACCGGGAUCGCAUCAAUGCGAUUCAGCAAUGCUACGACUAUUCGCAAGAGGCGCUCCGGCGCGCGGGGAAUGCGGCGCCCUGGGAGAAAGCCCUCAUCAACGCGCUCGCGAAAAGGUACCCCAAUAAUGACCCGAACAGAGACCUGCUGGCCUGCAGCAAAGCAUACGCCGAUGCGAUGCGACAGGUGCAUGCGACAUUUGGUCCGGACGACUUUGACAUCAUCACCCUCUUCGCCGAUGCGCUGAUGAACACCGCGCCGCGGAAAUUGUACGAUGCGUCGACCGGAUUGCCCAUCGCUUCGUCCCCCGUCUUCGAAGUCAAGGACCUCCUCGACCGCGCAUUGCAGAUGCCCAACGUCGAAAAACACCCGGGGCCGGCGCAUAUGUAUAUUCAUCUGAUGGAGAUGUCCGCGACGCCGGAGGCUGCGCUGCCCGCGGCAGAGAUGAUUCGCGAACUCAUUCCCGACACCGGCCAUACCUACCAUAUGCCCGCGCAUAUCGACGUGCUGGUCGGCGACUAUCGACGUGCGGUCAAAUACAACUACAAAGCGACACUGGCCGACGAUAAGUACUUCCGACAAAACGGCGGCCUGACGUUCUACAGUUACUACCGGCUGCAUGACUACCACUCCCUCAUCUACGCCGCCAUGCUGGGGGGAAAAUCAAAAGCCGCGCUCGACGCGACGGACAGGAUGGAGGCGACAAUCACGGAGGAUAUUCUCCGGGUGCAGACGCCCGCGCUGGCAGACUGGAUGGAGUUCUUCAAGGCCGUCCGAGUGCAUGUGCUGAUCCGGUUUGGAAUGUGGGAAGAACUAAAAGCCCUCGACCCACUCGAGGAUAAAGAACUCUAUCGUGUGACGAAUGUCAUGCGACACUACGGCAAAGGCAUCGCGCACGCGGCCACAGGCGAACUGGUGGAGGCUGACCGGGAGCGGGAACUGUUCAAAGAGGCCGCGAAGAUCGUGCCUCCCACGCGCCUCGACUUUCCCAACAAGAUCACCGACAUUCUGAAAGUCGCCUCGGCGAUGCUGGACGGCGAAAUCGAGUACCGACGCAGGAACUACGAGACCGCCUUCAGGAGGUUGCGCGACGCGGUUAUCCUCGAAGACGAGCUGCCGUUCGCAGAGCCGUGGGGGUGGAUGCUGCCCGCACGCCACGCGUAUGCCGCUCUCUCGCUGGAACAAGGCCAUGUCGAACGGGCGGCGCAGGCCUACGCGGAGGAUUUGGGGUUGUCGCCCACGCUCAAGCGUGCCCAUCAGCACCCGAAUAAUGUGUGGGCUCUCCAUGGCUACCACGAAUGCCUGCAGCUCCUGGGUCGUCUGGCCGAAGCGAAUAUCAUCAAGCAGCAGCUUUCGCUUGCUUUGGUGGAGGCCGAUGUCGAAAUUACAUCGUCCUGUUUCUGCCGGCUUGGAGACGUGGCUAUCAAGAACGGAGCGCCGCAGAUGAAUGGUUGUCAUAGCGCAGGGCCGUGUCAUAAGUAA